AUACAGUUUGAAGAUUAGAUGGCACUAAAAUCAGUUUGUCAUGUAAAAGGUGUUAUGAAAUCCUGCUGCGAAACAGGUGUAACAUACCAAAAACAUGGAGAAGCUGAGAAAACUCGUCCUCACAUACAGCAACAGUUCGGCAUGCCUGAUUGCUUCUUCAGCUUAUGAACUUAGGAUAAGCUUUCUGCAUUGGUAAAUCUGGAAUCUAAACAAAAUUAAUAUUAGUAUAUAUAUUGUGAUUGCGAGUAACAAUUACAGUGAUGAGCAGGACCGCCCAAGUAUAGAGACUUGGGCAAACUGCAACUGUAUAUAAACAGAGACUACAACUGCUGCCUACAAAUUCUUUGCAUUCCUCUGUUCGUCUUCGUUGUGUUCGAGAUUUAAUUUGGAAAAAAAUGAAAGUGUGGUUCAUCUUAUCGAUGCUAACUUUCUUGGCAUUGUCAUCUUCGGGCAUUGAAAUGGCUGCUGCACGUAGUCAUCACCACCAUCACCAUCAUCAUCGUGUAAAAAGUGGCGAGACAGUGCACUUUGAACCUCGUAUCCCGACUGUCCCCUCCACCCCAUGGAUUGGCCCAGACGCUUAUUUGAUUGUUGCGACAUAAUUGGUAAUGCAGCGGUACACAAUGUGAGUUGGAACUUCAACGUAAAGGGUUGGCCUUCUGGCGACAUUACCUUUCAGGCCGGUGACAUACUCGUAUUUAACUAUGACCAAGAACUGCAUAAUGUGGUUUCUGUCGACGAGGCAAAUUACUUGGCCUGCUCCAUUCCUGAUCUUGCGACGGUGUAUACUUCAGGGCACGAUGAAAUAGUGCUGCAAUCCGGGACAAAUUAUUUCAUCUGUGGCACCAUGGGUCAUUGUGUUGCUGGAAUGCUCAUAGCUGUCACCGCAGCUUGAUCACAGUAUCAUUCAGUUGGUGAAAUUUUGUAGGGAUUUUUUUUGUAAUACCAUCUAUUGGUACUAGUUCAAGAGUUGCUUAUGGUUCCAGUUUGGUGCAGAAUCAUUGUAAGUUUCUGUCUCCUCAAUCAUAUGCAGUUUUUACCAGAAAAUGUUAUUUGCAGCUGUUUUUUUCCCAGAAUUUAUUGUAGUAAACAGAGAUUUAACUUUCGGAAUAUUAUCUUGUCUUCGAAUAAUUUGUCGAAUUUAAAUAAUCUUUUUUAUUAA